CAGCUCCAGCUGUCACCAGCACAGCCACCAGCUCUGCGGGCAGGACAGGGCUGAGGGACGGUGCCACGGGGCUGGAGCCACCAUGAAGAGCCUGAAGGCCAAGUUCAGGAAGGCAGACAGCCAGGACUGGACCAAGAAUGAUGAGAAGCUCCUGCAAGCUGUGGACUACAAUGAUGCUGGGAAGGUGACAUCUCUUCUCGUCCGCAAGGGCCUGGUCCCCACCAAACUAGACUCAGAGGGCAAAUCCGCGUUCCACCUGGCUGCCACGCGGGGGAACGUGGACUGCCUGGAAGCCAUGCUGGCUCACGGUGUGGAUGCCAUGACCAAGGAUAGCUCAGGUUACACUGCCCUGCACUUGGCAUCCAAGCACGGCCACCCGCAGUGUGUCAGCAAGCUGCUGCAGGCCUCCUGCCCUGUGGAUGUGGCUGAUGGCAGUGGCCGAACUGCUCUGCACCUCGCAGCGGUCAGCGGCUGCAUCUCGUGUUCUGAGAUCCUCUGUGAUUUCAAAGCUCCCUUGAAUGCCAAGGACAAGGAUGGCUCCACACCCCUGAUCCUGGCUGCCAAGAUGAGCCACUCGGAGCUGUGCCGGUACCUGCUGCACCGCGGGGCUGCUGUCAACAGCCGGGACCUGCAGGGGAGGACAGCCUUGAUGCUGGCCUGUGAGAAUGGCAGUGUGGAGACAGUGGAGGUGCUUGUCAACGCUGGUGCCCGGGUGGCCGUGGUGGACUCCACAGGUCACGAUGCUGCCCACUACAGCCUGGCCACGGGCAAUGCCCUCAUCCAGCACUUCCUGCAAGAGGCUGCUCAGCGCCGGUCUUGGGCCAGUGAAGAGGAGUCAACAGAGAGGACAUCCCAGACAUCUUCACCCAGCCAGUCAUCUGUGAGGGAGAAAAACAACACACCAAGGAAGAGGAAAGCCCCUCUGCCUCCCCUGGGCACCCCCAGCCAGGAGGACCAGGAUGCCUACGAGGAGAUUGUGCGGCUGCGGCAGGAGCGAGCCCAGUUCUUGCAGAAGAUCCGAGGCUAUGAGCAGCAGGAGAAGCAGAGACGGGAGCGGGCAGAGCUGGAUGAGGGCUCCUUACGCUCCAUGGAGAAGCAGAUUAAGGAGCUGAAAGAGCGGCUGGUGGCACGGGAUGGUGAGAAGGAGCGUCUGGGCAAGGAGGUGGAGGCUCUGCGGAGUCGCUUGUCCUCACUGGAGAAUGAGAAGGAAAACACGAGCUAUGACAUUGAAACACUGCAGGAUGAGGAGGGAGACCCGCUGGAGUUCCCAGGGGCAGAGCUGCUGCUCUCCAAGAAGACACUGAGUCCCUCAGCUGAGGAGCUGCUGGCCACGCUGCAGGGGCAGGUGCAGUCCCUCACUGUGCAGAACAAGGAGCUGAGGGAGAAAAUACAGGUGCUGGAGAACUAUGAGCGGGACGAGAGUGACUCGUCCACCCCCAGGGACUUCGUGCCUGCCAGCCUCUACAAGGCUCUCCAACAACAGCUGGAGCAGUUGCAAGCACAGCGCUCAGAGCCACUGGCGAGAGAUGAAGCUGGUGGGCAGCGGGAGGGGCUGACUGUUGCCUCAGAACCAGCCAGGAGCCGGGGCGAGAGCAAGACGGCGUUGGGUGAGCUGCGGGAAGCAUGCACGCUGGCUUCUUCCUCCUUGACAGCUGAGUGGGAGGCUGGGGCCGAGCUGGCAGAGGCCCGGGCAGCCCUGCAGCAGGCACAGACGGCCCUGGAGGAGCGGGAGCAGCGGGUGAAGGAGCUGCAGGCUCGUCUGGAGGCUGGCGCGGUGGCCACAGGGGUGACGGCCUCGCUGGGAGCCUCCCUGGAGGAGGCAUUGAGGGAGAAAGAGGCUUUGCUGGAGCGCUGCGGGCGGGCGGAGGCUGAGGCUGUGGCCCUGCGGCGGGAGCUGGAGGCCAAGGCGCGAGACUGGCGGGCGGGCAGCAGCCCCAAGUCAGAGCCAGGGGUGCUGGAGCAACGCGUGGCAGAGCUGGUGCAGCAGCAGAAGGAGGUGACGGCCGAGCUGGGGCACCUGCAGGAGACGCUGCGGGAGCGGGAGGCCGAGCUGGGCAGCCUGCGGGAGACGCUGGCCACCCGGCCGGUGGGGCGGCGGGAGCAUGAGGAGGCCCUGGCACGGCUGCGGCAGGCACAGGCAGAGGCGCAGGGCCGGGUGCCACGGGAGCAGCAUGCCCGGGCCACGGCGGCGCUGGAGGAGCAGGCGCGGGCGCUGCAGGAGCGUAUGGCCCAGCUGGAGCUGGUGGCGGAGGCCAAGGGGCGCGAGGCCGCCCGGCUGCAGGCGGAGUUGGCCACAGCGGUGCCACGAGCGGAGCACGAGGCGGCACAGGAGGAGCUGCGGGCCGAGGCAGCGGCGCUGAGCCAGCGGCUGGGCGAGCUGUCACGACGGCAUGAGAAGACGUGUGAGGAGGUGUUCCGGGUGCAGAGACAGGCCCUCUUCAUGAAGAGCGAGAGGCAGGCAGCUGAGGACAGGCUGGCCACCGCGCAGAAGCAGUUGGCGGAGGCGCAGGAUGAGGCACAGGAGCUGCGCAAGCUCCAUGGUCAUGCCGAGGAAUCAGCCCGACUGAUCAGGGACAGGGACAGGAAGAUCACCGAGCUCUCCAAGGAGGUCUUCAGGCUGAAGGAAGCCCUGAACGCCCUCCCUGAGCCCCAGAAAUCACCACAGUCACCCCCUGACACUGCUGUGCUCCAGGCCAGGAUCCAGGCACUGGAGGAGAAGCUGGCGGAGAGAGAAAGGCAGCACAGCAGGGUGGUGACGCUGUACCGGAGCCACCUGCUCUGUGCAGUGCAGGGCCACAUGGACGAGGAUGUGCAGAGACUCCUGUGCCAGAUCCUGCAGAUGCAGCGGCUGCAGGAGCAAGGCAGAUGAGCCCUUGCCCACAUGGCAGUGCCACGGGGCUAGGUGGCACAGCCAGUGACACUGCUGGGGGGCUAGGCCUGUGCCAGCACACUCU